GGUUGCUGUUCUCCGAUUUUCCCGGAACUGAAAUGGGUACUUGGGUAGUACAGAUACUACAAAGUGGAAGUUGUACUGUACUGGAACAAAGGGUCAGAAAUAGGAGAGGCGCAUCUCCUGGUUUCUCUGUAUUUAUUUCUUUUCUUCCCUUUUGUGAAAUCAAAUCCAAUCCUUGUCUCGCCAGGAAAGGAAGCUUCUUGAUAGUCAACUCCUCCAUUCAUGGCUUCCACCAUGUCUUCUUCCUCCCUCGUACACCGAAAGUCAACCUGCCUCCUAUUCUCCCUCCUCCUACUCCUGCAAAUCUCCACAAUGGAAGGCCAUGGCGGCCACGACGACGAAAAAGCAGAUCUCCACUCGAAAGGCUUGAUCUUGGUCAAAGUAUGGUGCUUGAUCAUCCUUCUUGUGACAACCUUCGCUGGGGGCGUGUCACCUUACUUCUACAGAUGGAACGAGAACUUCCUCCUCCUGGGAACCCAAUUCGCCGGCGGGGUCUUCCUCGGAACGUCACUGAUUCACUUCUUGAGCGACGCGGCUGAGACUUUCGACAGUCUGACAAGCAACACUUACCCAUUCGCCUUCAUGCUGGCUUCCGCCGGGUACCUUCUGACGAUGCUCAGCGACUGCAUCAUUGUGUAUGCCACCAGCGGCAGCAGCAGCGGUGACAAAGAGUCCAGAAUCGCGGUGGAGGAAGGCAGGGCAGAGGGUGCUGAAUGUGGUAAAGAAGUGGAAGUUGAGACGACCAGCCCUGUUUUCCUGAGAACAACUUCUCUUGGGGAUGCCAUUCUGCUCAUCCUCGCCCUCUGCUUCCAUUCCGUUUUCGAGGGCAUGGCCAUUGGGGUUGCAGAUACAAAGGCGGAUGCAUGGAGGAACCUGUGGACGAUAUCACUGCACAAGAUCUUUGCAGCCAUAGCGAUGGGGAUCGCGCUGCUGAGGAUGAUACCGAGGAGGCCAUUCCUGACGACGGUGGCCUACUCAUUCGCAUUUGCGGUCUCGAGCCCGGUUGGAGUCGGGAUAGGGAUCGCCAUUGAUGCCACUGCUCAAGGCAGGGUGGCUGACUGGAUAUAUGCGAUCUCCAUGGGACUUGCUUGCGGGGUGUUCAUUUACGUGGCUAUCAACCAUCUCAUAGCCAAAGGGUUCAAGCCCCAAUCCAAAUUGUUCUUCGACACUCCGGCCUUUAAGUUCGUCGCCGUCUUUCUUGGGGUGGCAGUCAUUGCCGUUGUCAUGAUUUGGGAUUAGAGAACGAGAACGAGAACGACAACGACAACUCUUUGUUUUUCGGAAUUGGUGUUGAUAAAUGGAAAUUGCAGAAACUGUGAAAGGCUGCAAAACCAAAAAAUAAACAUAAUAAAACGCGCCAGAUAGGGGUCGAACCUAUGACCUUCUGCUUAGGAAACAGACGCUCUAUCCACUGAGCUACAGGCGCUCCUUGUUCAUUGAUUACCU